AUGGUGGGCGGUAUCUCGUCCCAAGCGCCAGGGUGGCCCGCUCUAUACAACCCAGCCAUCGAAGGCUUCCAGAAUCUCGACCCCAUUCGACCCGGUGGGCAGUACCUCCAUGAAGCUAACGGCAAAUACACCUUUUACUGGACCCUCAUCCUUCAUACACCACUCUUCGUCAUGUGUGGCGUCUAUGCCUUCAUGAACAUAGUAUUCCCUCCUCGACCAGCCUCUUCUUUGGAUCUUGCACACGCUGAACCCCGAACACUAUCUUCUUUCUCAUUCUCUUCACGUGCUCGGUCGACCAUCAACGGACUGCGCAGAAGUCCUCCCAGACCACCAGGUCCGCACCAGAGGUUACCGAACUCGCCACUGCUUACCUCGCACGAGUUGGAAGAACGCGAGGCUGAGAGGACACCAGAAGUGACUACGAGAGGGUUCACGGAUGGACGGACUGGACGAGGCGAUAUGGAACUUACACCCAUCGCCAGCUCAAGCCCUCAAUCCGCCGCCUUCCUCUUCCCAUCCUCUCCACAAUCUCAGUCCCCAACCUCUCGAUCCCCAUCAUUCCACUCCUUCCCACCAACUCCACGCAUAACCCUCUCCCCCGAAGCCUCGCGCCCCCAAUCGCGCUCGCAUGCCGCAUACCGCUCCAGUAUGUCUCACUCGCGACGUUCGGGAGCGGUAGGAGGUCCGUUCCUCGCUCAUCAGCCGAAGAACCCAAAGAGGUCGAGGUUGACGUAUGCGAUUUUGAUUUUGUUCACGUUUUUGGCGGGAAGCGUGUUUGCGGCAGUAUUGGAGAGUGUGCUGGUGGGCUAUAUGUUGGCGGGGUUGUAUAGUGCGGGUAAAUUUCAGAUGUCUACGUGCGUGGAUUCCUUUGGUUUGGGCACUUAUCAUUACGCUCACGGGUAUAUUGGGGAUUUUUCCUUCGGUCAUUCAUCGCAUCUAAUAACGGCAACAUAUCCGUCCUAAUCUCUCGUUUCGCUUUGCUUCAUCUCCUUUUGGACCAUGUAUCCACAUCUGUAUCAUUUGACAUUCCACUGCCUGGCCUAUCUCACUCCUCGAUGGGAUCGUCGCCAUUGCCGCUAUGAACGUUGGACUCGUUUAAACAGUCGCAUCGCAUCUAAUUUCUCCCUCCACACGGUGAACUGUGCAUGUUCUGCUCUCAUUG